AUGGUCAAUCCAAGGGAGAAUAUAAGUGUUCUUACAUUGAGAAGGGAAAAAGAGCUACUGCAUAAACCUCGUGAGGUAAGCCACGGACACAACGAAAGUGUAGACUUGGAGAUUGAAAGUGCAGUACCUAAAUCAGAUAGUAAAUCAACUUUUACACUGAAAAGUGAAAAAGCGCUACUGCAUAAACCUCGUGAGCUCCCUACUAAAUGCAAAUACCAAGUUAUGUUUGCUAUUCCUGUUAAAAUUGGCACUGUUGGUGUGAAAAAUACAAUGUGUGAUUUAUGCACAUUAAUAAAUAUCAUAUCUUUAUCAAUUUUUCAAUCUUUGAAUGUUGAUCUAUUAAAAGAAAUAGGUGUGGUGAUUCAAUUGGCUGACCGCUCUACUGUUUAUUUUGAUGAGGUGUUAGAAAAUGUUUUGGUGCAAGUAGAUAAUUUGAUAUUCCCUGCUGAUUUUUAG